AAAGCCUUAUCUUGGGUCCACUCUCCCUCCCAUAGCCAAACCCAAAGCUAAAGCUAGAAAAAAAAAAGUUAUUCGCCUUCUAGAAGGCUAACCUGGAUUCUUUUCCAGCAUCUGCUUUUGCUUCGUGAGAGAGUAAUUGAUUUCCCAUUCACAUUUUCCAUCAUCUCCUCUCUGGUUCUAUAAAUACCCAAAACUUUCAUGGCCUCCAGCAACCCACACCCACAAAAAAAAUAUAAAGACACCUUUUGAUGCAUAAAAAUCAAUUCUCGGCUGAAAUGGGGAUUCCUAAAGUCCCCGAGUGGAUUCCGGGCUUGCCGGAAGAGCUCGGCCUCGAGUGCCUGACCCGGCUUCCGUACUCGGCCCACCCCACCGCCUCCCGGGUCUGCCGUCCGUGGCGGUCCUUGCUCGAAAGCGAGGAGUUCUAUCGCCACAGGAAGCAGAACGGGUACACCCGAAACGUGGCGUGCUUGGUCCAGGCCGUUGCGGUCGCCGUCGAAUUGAACACGGGCCCCAAAUCGGGUGCCGGAGGCUCGCCGAGUUACGGAAUCGCCGUGUUCGACUCGGUGAGUGGGACCUGGGAGCGGCUCGACCCGAUUCCCAAGUACCCGAAUGGGCUGCCGAUGUUUUGUCGGGUGGCGAGCUGCGAGGGCAAGCUGGUGGUGAUGGGCGGGUGGGAUCCGGCGACGUACAAGCCGGUCACCGACGUGUUCGUUUACGAGUUUACGACGUGUCGUUGGAGGAGGGGGGCGGCAAUGCCGUCGAAGCGGUCGUUUUUCGCGAUCGGGUCGCGCGGGAGUCGGGUCUACGUUGCGGGCGGGCACGACGAGAGCAAGAACGCGCUGAAAUCGGCGUGGGUUUACGACCUGAGGCGGGACGAGUGGGCCGAGUUGACUCAGAUGAGUCGGGAGCGGGACGAGUGUCACGGGGUGGUGAUCGGGGACGAGUUCUGGGUGGUGAGCGGGUACGGGACGGCGAGCCAGGGAGCGUUUGAGGGCGGAGCGGAGGCGUUGGAUCUCGGGUCGGGUCGGUGGAGGCGGGUCGAGGGCGCGUGGGAGGAAGGGGAGUGUCCGAGGGCGUGUGGGGGUGGAGUUGGGAGAGAUGGGAGGCUGGUGAGUUGGGCCGAGUUUGGCCCGGCGGUCCGGGUCGGGACCCGUGGGGUGAAUCUCGGGUCCCGGGUCCUGGUGAUGGGUUCGGAGUACGAUGGCGGGAGCCAAGGGGUAUUCAUGAAGGAUGGGCAAAAUGGUAAAUUAGAGAGGGUUAGUGUGCCUGAAGAGUUUUCUGGGUUUAUUCAAUCAGGCUGUUGCGUUGAGAUUUAGAAUUUAAGGAUAUAUGACAAAUUGAUACAUGAGUAUGUAUAAUUUUGAGAGGAGAAUGUGGAAUAUACUUUCAUUUUAAUUUUGAUAAUUUUAGUUUUGAUAAUGUUAA